AUCUGGGGAUUUCUGAGCUCCACCUUAACACAGGGGUCGGGGGCGAGCCCGGGGAUCCCGUGACUCGGGGGCGCGUCUGGAAACUUGGCUUCAAUCUGCAAAAUUGUCCAAGUUUAAAGGGGAGAUUCAUUCUGUCUGUACAGAGCUCUCUGUCUCUCUCUCUCGGUCCACUGCUGGGGAUUCAGUGAGUCUGCAUUACUGAUUCUGGUUUCCCACAGUCUCGCACUGGGGCUGGUUACAGACCCUGUUUCCAGGACUUUGCUCUGGGUGAUUUCCCUCGCACCCUGACUGGACAUCGCGCUCCACCCACCCCCACCCCCCCCCCCCCACCUGGACAUCAUCCAUUCCCUGCUAAUGUGCAGCCCUGGGGGUCUGUGGCGAUGUGUUGGAUUGGCGCUUUGCCCUGUCCAGCUGCUGUUCCUCUUGCCCAUCUGUCAGCUCUCUAAAGAAGCUCCAGGAGUGAUGCCGUUUGAGGAGGUUUGGAAUCGCAGCCACUGCCGGGCCAUUGAGGUGCUGGUGGAUGUUACCCGUGAGUACCCAAGCGAGGCCGAGUACAUCUUCAAGCCCUCCUGCGUUCCUCUCUUGCGAUGCGCCGGCUGCUGUGGGGAUGAGAAGCUGCGGUGUACAGUACGGGAAAUGUACAACGUGACGAUACAGGUCAUUAAAUUAAAACCUUUGGAGCACGUGUCUAGCCAAGAGGAGAAGAUCUUCACUGAGCAUAGCAGCUGUGAAUGCCGACUGCGGCGGAAGCGAUUGAAAGGCGACAGGAGAAACGUCAAGAGGAAAGGUCAGAGGAGGCGCGUAAAGAUGGGAGACAUGUCUGAGCUUAACCAAUGCCCCACAGCAAGAUGGAGGCAUUUCCAAGCGUCCUAAGGCAUGGGUUCCGAGAGCUGCUGAUCACUGACUGACUGAACGGAGGGGAGACGCUGAAUGGAGGGUCUGAGGGGCAUUAACGAGCGAUGUUGAAAGCUGCUUCCCGUCACUGUA